CUCCUUGUCCGGUACGUUGGUUGGCUCUAGCUUAGCUGGUGCUCGAUCGCGAACAUCAUGUGGAGGCUGAAGGUGGCCCAGGGCGGCGGCGCUUUGUUGCGGUCGACGAACGGCUUCGCCGGGCGAGCGGUGUGGGAGUUCGACCCCGACCACGGCACGCCGGAGGACCGAGCCAACGUCGAGAGGGUGCGCCGCGACUUCACCGACCACCGCCUCCGCCGCCCGGAGUCCGCCGAUCUCCUCAUGCGCAUGCAGUUUGCAAGAGAAAACAAUCACCAACGCCGUGGUGAUCGUAUUCCACCGGCCGUCAAUAAGCUUGGCGAGAAGGAGCAGGUGACUGAAGAAACUGUGAUGGCUUCCUUGAGGCGAGCUCUCGAUGAGUUCUCCUCUCUGCAAGCAGAUGAUGGCCACUGGCCUGGCGACCUCAGUGGUGCUAUAUUCAUCAUGCCUGUCUUGAUAUUUUCUUUGUAUGCCACUGGAUCACUGGACACUGUCAUAUCAUCAGAACACCGGAGGGAGAUAUGUCGCUACAUCUAUAACCAUCAGAACGAGGACGGGGGAUGGGGCAUGCUAAUCUUGGGAUCAAGCACGAUGUUUGCCACAUGCUUAAACUAUGUCACCCUGAGACUUAUCGGCGAGGAGCCAAGCAAUGAGCAAUUAGCUAGAGGACACGCCUGGAUCAUAUCACAUGGUGGCGCCACCCUUGUUCCGCAAUGGGGAAAGAUAUGUCUGUCGAUAAUUGGAGUGUAUGAGUGGUCAGGAAACAACCCCAUCUUCCCCGAGUUAUGGCUUGCUCCACAAUUCCUUCCGUUUCAUCCAGGCAAAUUCUGGGGCCCGACCCGCGUGGUGUACGUGCCGAUGGCCUAUCUGUACGGCAAGAAGUUCGUGGGGCCCAUCACGCCAACCAUACUGGCGCUGCGAGAGGAGAUAUACACGGACCCCUACCACACCAUUGACUGGGCCCAAGCCUGCAACGCAUGCUCCAAGGAGGAUUUGGUCUGCCCGCGCACGCUGCUGCAGAAUGUGGUGUGGACUUCGCUCUACAAGUGGGUGGAGCCGGUGCUAGGCAGCAGGCCGAUGAACAAGCUGAGGGAGAGAGCUUUGGAUAGACUCAUGGAGCAUAUCCAUUACGAAGAUGAAAACUCACAGUACCUCUGCCUAUGUCCUGUCAACAAGGCUCUUAACAUGGUCUGCUGCUGGGUGGAAGAUCCAAAUUCAGAUUCAUUCAAGCGGCAUCUUGCAAGGAUACCUGAUUUCCUGUGGCUUUCAGAAGAUGGCAUGAAGGCACAGAUAUAUGAUGGUUGCCAGAGCUGGGAAACAGCAUUUAUAAUUCAAGCGUUUUGUGCUACUGAUCUUGUAAAUGAGUAUGGUUCAACUGUUAGGAGAGCCCACGAGUUCAUGAAAAAUUCACAGAUUAUGAGGAAUCAUCCUGGUGACCAAAGUUACUGGCAUCGCCAUAGAUCAAAGGGUUCAUGGACUCUUUCGUCAGCAGACAAUGGAUGGGCUGUGUCUGACACUACAGCAGAAGCGCUGAAGGCUGUACUGUUACUGGAAAAGAUCUCUAGCAACGUGGUCGGGGAUCCAAUUGAAAUAGAAAGGCUGCAUGAUGCUGUUGAUUGCCUCCUAUCUUUCGUGAACAAAGAUGGUACCCUUUCUACAUAUGAAUGUAAAAGAACUUAUACUUGGAUAGAGGUUCUCAGUCCUUGUGAGAGUUUUCCAAACAUAGUGGUUGAUUAUCCAUUUCCAGAAUGCACCUCCUCUGUGCUUCAAGCUCUGGUGCUGUUCAAACAACUACACCCUAGUUACCGUAUUAAAGAGAUAGAAAAAUGUGUCAGAAACGCAGCGAUGUUUAUUGAGAGCACACAAGGCGAAGAUGGUUCAUGGCUAGGCACUUGGGGUGUGUGUUUCACCUAUGGGGCCUUUCUUUCAGUAAAAGGGUUAAUUGCUGCUGGAAGAACAUAUGAGAAUAGUUCUUCCAUCAGGAAAGCAUGCGACUUUAUAUUAUCAAAGCAGCUCGAUACUGGUGGGUGGGGAGAAAGUUAUGUCUCUAAUAUUACUAAGGUUUACGUAAACAUUAAAGAUGAUCAAGCUCAUGCAGUGAAUACUGCCUGGGCAAUGUUAGCUUUAAUUUGUGCAGGACAGAUGGAGCGGGAUCCAGCACCACUGCAUCGUGCUGCAAAAGAAUUAAUCAAUAUGCAGUUGGAAACAGGAGAGUUCCCCCAACAAGAACAUGUUGGAGCCUUCAAUGCAUGCCUCUUCUUUAAUUACCCCAACUACCGCAACUUAUUCCCUAUCUGGGCUCUUGGAGAGUACUGUCGUCAUCUUCACUCCACGAGGCGUGCAUGAGCAUGGCAUAUGGUGAUAAAUGAAGGGGUCGAUGGGCGAUGGCAUGGCUGGAAUAUCUUAUAUAGUGUGUGUAUGCAAUCCAACCUGAUGUUGUAUUGUCAAGACUGGCAAUCAUAAUUCCUUAGGGAAAGUAUAUGAAGAGAGUGUAACUUAAACAUGUUAUUGUUAUUGUAUUUGUGUCCAUGAAGAUGAACUCUCUUAAAUAAAUUUAUCGGGGAAAAAAAAGGAGAUAUGCCUUCAGAAGGUGGGCACAGAUGGUUGCAGCCUUUGUUAUUGUGAGUUUUGGGCUCUUUUAGAAUUGCACUUGUAAGGUCCAAUGAGAACACGCAAAACAAAGCGGUGGAUUUGGAUAUGAUUAGUUAAGUAUUAGCUAAAAA